UCAACUUAAUCAGCUGUUUCGUUAUAGUACACAAUGUGUGUUCCAAAGAAAAUGUGUUUUCCUUUCAUCGAAAUCAUUUAUUGCGUAAGAACAGUUAUACACAAAGAAAUAUCUUCUACAAUAUGCUAAAGGAUACUCCUAAUAACGUCAUUAAUAAUCUAACCUUGUCAAUACCAAUGUCUUAAUUACACAUCAGAUUUUGAGUAGUACAGUGACUAGUGGCGACAGCGGUGGUAGAAUUACUUUUGGAGAUGGAGGUAGUGGCAGUGAUAAAAGCGGUAGUGAUGGCGGCAACCAUGAUGGUAUGGUGAUAGAGCAAUGACAUUGUCGUACAUUUAGAAAAGUAUUCAUCUGCUGACAGCAGAAUUUUCAAUGUGAAUUGUAAUGUGAGGCCCGUAAAAAAAUGAAGAUUUGCAUAACGUGCGUGUAUUGGGCAUUACUUUUUAUAUCAGUCGCUUCCAGUGCCCUACUCUUCAUCAUAGUAGCUUCAGAAAAUGCAGAAAACAAUUAUCAUUCAUCUUUUAAAAAUAAUGAAACAUCAGAAGUUUAUGAUAAUGAUACAUUGGAGAGCAUAGAAAACGAUACAUCUGAGUUAUCUAACAUAGCUGUUGUUAAAAUAAAGAAUCCAAGAAAAUUAGAAACUAAUUAUGAGGAUCAUUAUUAUCAGGAAAAAUUUCCCAAAACUUCUAUCAACUUUGAAACUAUUACAAAUGGUGAAAUACAAAGAAAUGAGAAUCCUUAUGAAGAUAUAAAUAUUGUGGCUGAGAGUCUUCCUCAACAACCCAAUCUAUCCCAGGGAAUUUCUGAAACUGAACAAGCUUCAGUAUUAACUCUAUUAGAUACAGCUGCAGCCGAGUUGCAAAGUUUAGUAGAACCAAAAUUAACUUCAGAAUUUGCAAGAGGCAGAUUAUUUGGAAAGAAUUCUUCAUUAUUAACAAAAACAUCUAAGAUUGGGCAAGAAACAAAAAAAGAAGAGAUAGAAAUAUCAUCUAGCACACAUGUUCCAUCAACUAUUGACGAAGAAAACUCUGAAAGAUCUAACCGAACAAAUAUUCUUGGAGAAGAUUUGUUAUUACUACCAAAUGAAGUUACUGAAGGAAUAUCGGAAGGAGUAGUGGUAGUUAGAGCUGAACAGGGUCCUAUUAUUAUCGACGAAACAGAGUUCCUUGAAGAUGAAGUUAAAAUACUUUCUGAUGAAGUUACAAAAACGGAUAAUAUAGUCACAAUAGCUCCAGAACUCAGUGACUCUGAUGCCAAAGCUCGAUUAAUCAAACAUACUAGAGACGAAGCUCCUGCUACCAUUGUCAUUGGUGAAGAGAUUGUAUCUGUAGGAUCUCCUGAUCCACAUGAAGAUAUUCCAUCUUUUAAUGAGUGGACACAAAAAAGAUUGGAAGAAGCUGAAAAAAAGAAGACUCAUUCAAAUGCAUCAGUUCAAAAUUCUGGAACACCAGCUCGAGGAAUUGGUGGAAUGAAGGUUCGUUCCAAGAAUUAUGCUUCUCCAGACUGUGGAGCUAAAGUUGUAGCAACGAAUCCAGAAGCCAGAAGUGCUAGAAGCGUUCUUGCGUCUACUAGAGAUGAAUAUAUGCUAAAUACUUGUACAUCUCGUAUAUGGUUUGUAGUAGAACUUUGUGAGGCCAUCCAAGCCAAGAAAAUUGAGUUGGCUAAUUUUGAGUUGUUUAGCUCAUCUCCAAAAGAUUUUUCAGUAUACAUUAGCGAUCGUUUUCCUACGAGAGAUUGGAGUAUAGUUGGUCAGUUCACCGCAAAAGAUGUAAAGGAUAUUCAAAGUUUCGUCCUACAACCACAUAUCUUCGGAAAAUUUAUUAAAGUGGAACUUCAUACGCAUCAUGGAUCUGAACACUUUUGUCCAGUUUCUUUAUUUCGUGCUUAUGGUACUAGCGAAUUUGAAGUUUUAGAAACGGAAACGGAAAAUCAAAUUUCUAGAGAAGCGAAUACGAAUGUGGACGAUGAUGAAGACAGUGACGAAGAAGAAGGUUUAGAUAUUGAAAUUGAUGAACCUCCAAGAAAUUUAUUUGGUAGCGCUAGAGAUGCAGUACUAAGUAUUGUGAAGAAAGCUGCCCAGGUACUAGGAAAAUCCAGUGACUUAACUGAUAAUAACAUUACAGCAAUUGAACAAAGUAUAGAUGACGCUAGUAUUCUUGGAGACUCUUUUGUAUGUUGUACUACGCCAAAAUAUAUGAUUUUUUGCAAUGGUUGUUCGACCCAAGAAUUUGCAAAGGUCUUCCAAUUAGUUAGUUGUCAAAAUAAGCAACUAAAUCAGUUGUUGAGGGUCAACCUUAUAAAUAAAACAUUAAAACAAAGUGGAUUCUGCAAGAAUUAUGGAGUAGGCUUUGGAACUUCUAUUAAAAAGAGUUCUGACCUGGAAAUUGCGAAAAUGAAAGAUUCAGAAGCAAAAUUUAACUCAACAAAAAAUUUGCAAUCGUCGUUCUUGACAUCUAUCUUUAAGUUUGAGUAUAUUGCAGCGCUUUGCAAUGCGUUGGCAAUAAAAGAAGGUAAAAUGGUAUUAAAUACAAGUUAUGAAAUGCAGUUUAACUAUUCCAAAAAUAUCAGUAAGGAAAAUAUAUCUCGUAAGAAUGAUGGAAAUUAUAGUAGUGAGUCCAUUAAAUCAUUUGAAAGUUCGUCAACAGCACAUACGUCAAGCUCAAAUAGUGGCAGUUCUGAGUCAGUGUCUCCUGGGGAAUAUCAGAAAACAAGUCAAGAACUACUAAACGAAGAAUCUGAAAAAUCCAUCGAGACUCCUUCAAGUUCUGAAAAUGUAGCUUCACAAAUUAAAACAACUAAACCAUUUGGAAAAGAGGAAAUAAAAAAUGAGUCUUCUGAUUCUAUUUUAGAAUCGGACAAAGAUACUGUAGAAGAAACGGCUUCACCUGAAAUGUUAACGACUAUUCCCAUGUCCCAAACUAGCGAACAACACACUAAUAUAAAAGUUUCUGAAGAAUCAUCUAUUACUCCUGGUACUACGAUUGAGAAUUUUCCUCAAACGACAACCACCAUUCCAGUGAUUAUUGGUGAUAAUAGCGAAGUGUUGCAUGAAGAUAUGUUGUCUGACAUAGAAUCUGUAGAAAUUCGAAACAUACAAAAUAACGUAGAAAAAAUAGAACGAUUUGAACAAGAAGGAAAGCAAGGACAACCAGAGAUUCUAGAACAAGAAAUAAAAUUAACUUCUCAAGAUUCUUUAACAUUUGAUACACUAUUAUCAGAUUUGAAAGAUUUAGAAGGAGAAGCAGUGCAGAUGCAAAGCGGAUCUGCUGCAAGUGCUUCUGCAACACAAUCGACAAUGAACAUCAUGCCACAGAAAGAAUCUGUUUUUCUUCGAUUGUCUAAUAGAAUCAAGGCAUUAGAGAGAAAUAUGUCUCUCAGUGGACAAUACUUAGAAGAGCUAAGUCGACGUUAUAAGAAACAAGUUGAAGAAAUGCAAAGAUCACUGGAACGAACGGUGUCAGUAAUGAAUGAAGAAACAAGAAAAAGGGAUGAACGAGAACUGAAAAAGGCCGAAGAAAUCGCUAUGCUAAGAGAAGAAAUAGCCAUUUUGUCCAAAUCACUGAAAAAUCUUCUGUACGACCGGAAUAGUUGGCAUGGAACAUUUGCAAUGAUAGGUCAAUACAUUGUGUUAUUAUGUUCCCAAAUUUUUGUGAUAUGCUUGAUUUUAUUGUACUGUCGAGCAAACAAAAAAGUUGAGGGAAAAGAAAAACAGCAGUUGAAGAAAGACACAUUACGACGAAAAAGUGCAGAAAAUUUUAGCUCUCACGUAAAGAAAACUAAAAAACGUCGCCCAAGUGAGAUAGCAUCUCACAUCACUGGCACGUACCGCGAGUUGAUGAUAGAUGAUAGAUCUCAAGAAUCCAAAAAAGAAAGAAAAAAGAAACGGAAGAAAGAAGCUGCGAGUGGUAGUAACAAAACAAAUAUGAAAAAUGAAGUAAGAAUGAACUCAGUUAUGGAUUACAAACAUCCAUCAAAUACUCUUACAGAUGAUGUAGAAGUAAUUUCAAGGAAUAUUUCAACUCUUAAAACAUCUCAAUCAAAUGAUUUUCAAGUUUAUAGGAGGCCAAAAUCUAUUUUGGAAAACACAACUGAUUGGUUCAACAAUUAUGAGACAGAACCCAGUGUUCAAUUAAUAAAAUCAUAUAAAGAAAACUUCGAUACGGAGUCGGUAAAAAGUUAUGAAUUGAGUAGUUCAUACAUUGAAGACCUGAGUGAAUCAAAUGUAUUGAAAGUAAGCAUGCUUUCAGAACAUGUUGAUCCAAGCGAGAAAACUAAAAUAUCGAAAGAUACUUUGAAUUUUAAUAAUAGUGGUGUAACCUUGAAAGAUACAAAAUUGAACGCGACAUCCUUCUUCAUUGAAACUGCUUUAAGUACAAGAAAAAAGAGGAAAAUUCAUUUGAAUUCUAUAAACGGAGAAUGGAGUCGAAAUUCGAGUGAUUCGAACGAUAUAUCUGUAGGAAUAAGUCCCACAAUUUCAAAAUCAUUGCCUGAAAACGUUUGUAAUGACUGUGAUACACCUGCUAACGGUCUAUCGGUGAAUCAAAGUGAUGAAUCUAGAAGCAGUAGUGUUAUAUCAAUGUCAAAAAAAAAGGACAAAAAAAGUACUGGUUUUAGGAAGAUGGUGAGAAAAUUUUUUUGAUUAAAAUAGAUUAAUCAACAAUGCUUGUUGAAGCUAAAUCGAAAUUUCUGAAACCGCAUUGGUUUCAUUUAAGUGCAGAGGACGCUUGUUAAAUGCUACGCUCGUACGAUAUUAUAUAAAGUGUAGAGUAUACAAAACAAAAUUAAGGUAUAUCGAAAUCAUCAUUGCUUGUAUAAAAUUUCGGAAUGUAAAUGUAACUGUUAGGAAAGUUAUUUGUACAUAGAACCGUUUGAAAAAGUCUGAUCACUUUAACAUGGCAUGCCAGUAGAAUUAUUUUGAGUAAUUUAAUUUAUAAAAUAGCUUUUUUCCUACGGUUUUCUUUUGUAAAUACUUUCAGAAUCAUCAUUGAUCCCGUUUGUCAUAUUAUAUCAGCAAUCAAUUGAAAGAGAAAUAAUGAGAUCAACAGUUUGAUAAAGCAUGAAGAGGUGGAAUUUGUGAUAGUUUAAACACAUCUUCAACCAGUAUUUUCAGUGAAUUAUCUAAUGUGUGCAAUAUUCUUUCAAUUAACCCCUGUUUUCAAGGAGACGACUGAUUUAUGUAUUAUUAAACAUUGUACAUAAAUAUAUAUGCAUUGUAUUUAUCUACGGUGAUAGCCUAAUAUAAUUAAGGAAUAGAUUAAAUAGCUAGUACUUAUCCAGCACUGCUUUUUUAAAGUUCGUUAUAUUUUUCAAUCUCAGAAUAACCAAUGAUCCUACAAUAAUAAUUAUUACCCUGAAAGUUUGAGUUUUAAUAAUAAUAUCAUGUGACUGUUAUGCUAAAGUUAUACAAAAUGUUUAAAUUGGUUAUUCUUUUAUUUAUAAGUGUUUUUAUUAUGAGUGUUUUUGAGUGUACGUGUGCGCGUGUACGUGUGUCGCUUAUUGUGAUAAUUAAGUAGCAAAACUGUUUUUGAAUGACAGUAAAUAGAGUAAAGAAAUUAUGUUAAAUAUAGUUGUAUAACGGAGCUCUGCUAGUGCCCUAUAUAAAUACAAACGAUUUUUAAUACAGUGGAUGUUUUAAUUAAUAAAUCUAUCUACUUGUUAUUAAAUUAAAUGUUUAAAAGUAUUCAAUUCCAAAUUAUUCUAUCUAUAAUCAAAAGCUUUGAAUAUAGCUUUAUUAUUUUAUAGAAUAACCAUAUUGUUUUUUAAAUUAAUUCAAAUAUAAGGAGUGAAAUAUCCUUAACCCUUUCACUGUUAUUGGCGCCUAUACAUGCUUAGAAAAUUUUUUUACAAUAUACUAUCGACGCCUAUAGAAGCUUAACUAAUUUUAACCCUUUGUCUUACAAUGUCGUGUCAUUUAUGUAUUACUUACAUAUUUCAUAUUUAUACUAAAUUAAAGUUAUUACGCAUUAGUGUAAAGCUUUACCGCCUGUUGCAACGAUUUAUAUUAAAAUAAUCUACAAUGAAAGAAUUAAAAUUUGACACUCCUUUUUUUAUUGAAAAUUGAAAUAC